AAAGCAAAGCUGGGAAAGACCCAAAAACCAUGGGCAGUUUUAUACAGACCCUUCUCGUCAACUCAAACCAGCCAAACUAAAACCAGCUGCUCUGCUACCUGUAUAUACCAUUUUCAUAUUCAUCUUUUUCUCAUAUGGGUUUCUCUCUCAUCUCCGCAACUCAAUCUACACACCACCACCAGCUCUUUUUAUCUCUAUCCCUCUUUGCUGUUUUUCAUAGCAUUCAAUUCAAAAAGAAAGAAAGUUGAGAACAAGUCUGUCUGUGCUGAGAAUCUCUGACUAACUGAGUUGUUGGUCCGUAUCGACUGUUUGCUUUACUGGGUUGCUGUGUUCGAGUAUUGGCUAAUGGUUUAGGAGGUGGAUUGUUUUCUACCAUGGGUGCCGGGAUGCUUGGGCUAGAAAUGCCUCUCCAACAACAGCAAAACCCAUCAAAUACUCAAAAUUCUCACCUUUUGUCCCACUCUCAAAUGAUGGCAUAUGGCCAUCAUGACGCUGAUCAUCACCCUCAAGCUCAACCCUCUGUUAAACAUGGUUACCCUUACGCUUCUAAAUCCACCAAAGUUCUAACCCUUAGCGAUGAAGAUGAUCCUGGUUUUAUUGCUGACGAUACUAGUGGGGAUGGGAAGAGGAAGAUGUCCCCGUGGCAAAGAAUGAAGUGGACUGACGACAUGGUUAGGCUUCUUAUAAUGGCGGUUUAUUACAUUGGCGAUGAAAAUGGUUCAGAAGCAACUGAUCCCACAAACAAGAAGAAGCCCACCGGGGGAUUAUUACAGAAGAAAGGGAAGUGGAAAUCGGUUUCUCGGGCUAUGAUGGAGAAAGGGUUCUAUGUCUCUCCCCAGCAAUGUGAGGACAAAUUCAAUGACUUGAAUAAAAGAUAUAAGAGGGUAAACGACAUACUUGGGAAAGGUACAGCUUGCCGGGUUGUGGAGAAUCAGAGUUUGUUGGAUACCAUGGAUUUGACACCAAAGAUGAAGGAAGAAGUUCGAAAGUUGCUCAACUCCAAGCACUUGUUUUUCAGAGAAAUGUGUGCUUACCACAAUAGUUGUGGUCAUGUUGGUGCUACUACUAGUAAUGCUGAUGGUGGAGCUAAUGGAGCCAACCCGUCAUCGGAGCUGAAUGCCUCAGAGCCCUCGUCUCAUGUUCAGCCUAAUCAACAGAACCAACAACAACGGUGCUUUCAUACGACAGACAACUCCCAUGUCGUUUCUAAUUUGAGCAGGCCAGAAACCGAGCAUGUAUCUAAAUUAGUAAAAGCCUCAGCAAGUGGUGGUGAAGACGAAGAGGAUGAUGAUGAAGAUGAUGAUUCUGAUGACUACGAUGAUGAUGAAGAUGAUGAGGAAACUGAAGGUGGUUCCCGUGGUCCAAUUGGGCAUGGUCACGAAGACAUUGAUGAUGAUAACUAUGAAAGACAGCGGAAAAGGCCAAGAAAAGGAGUCUUAUCCGAAUCUUCCCAGCUGAUACAACAACUGAGCUGUGAGAUUCUAGCUGUGAUUCAAGAUGGGUCGAAGAGUUCUUGGGAAAAGAAGCAGUGGUUGAAGAGUAGGAUGAUACAGUUGGAGGAGCAACAAGUGAACUUCCAAUGCGAAGCUUUUGAGUUAGAAAAGCAAAGGCUUAAGUGGGUGAAGUUUAGUAGCAAAAAGGAGAGGGAAAUGGAGAAAGCUAAGUUUGAAAAUGAGAAGAGAAGGCUUGAGAAUGAGAGAAUGGUUCUACUCAUUCGACAGAAAGAGCUUGAGGUGCUUGACCUUUAUCAUCGUUCUCAGCAACAACAACAACACUCUUCAAACAAGAGAAGUGGUGGCGACCCAUCUUCAAUAACAGGAUAAUUAAUAAACUUGUAUGAUUGUAUAUCACAUUAGGUAUUUUAGUUUAGAGAGGAUCACUGAUAUAGAAUCAUAGAUUUUAAAGAAAGUAACAGCCUUUUUUGUUUGGUUUUUUAUUGUUUUAAGAAAUCGGGUGCACUUUUUGUAUGUAAUAUUUUGUCCUUUAUUUUAUUAUAAUUAAUUAAAAUCUUUCUUGUUGA